AAAGUUAUUUUAAUCGUAUAUUAUAAACGUAAUAUUCUAUGCGCAAUCAGUUAAUCAAUUCUACGAUACUUGUCAUAAUGCAAAUGAAUAAAACACACUGUAUAAAGAAAUGCCCUAUUUACGUCGCACUUAGGACAAUAAUAUAUAUCCGAAUUUAAUGAAAAUAAUAAACGUGAAAUUAUCAAAAUGUUGUUAAAAAAAGUAAAUAAUUUACUACAAAUUUUUGGGUCUGGUCAGAAAGUAUGCAGUAGGUACCUAAAUUUUAUACCUGUAGUCGUAGAACAGAGUGGAAGAGGAGAACGUGCAUAUGAUAUUUACUCACGUCUCUUAAAAGAAAGGAUUAUUUGUUUAAUGGGCCCGAUCACAGAUAAUGUGUCCUCUGUAGUGAUAGCUCAACUCUUAUUUCUUCAAUCAGAAAAUAGUAAAAAUCCAAUUCAUAUGUAUAUUAAUUCACCUGGUGGAAGUGUAACAGCUGGGCUUGGUAUUUAUGAUACUAUGCAAUAUGUUUUACCUCCUGUUGCAACAUGGUGUGUAGGACAAGCAUGUUCAAUGGCAAGUUUAUUAUUAGCUGCAGGAACAAAGGGUAUGCGUCAUUCAUUGCCUAAUGCAAGAAUUAUGACACAUCAACCAUCAGGAGGUGUGUCUGGCCAAGCUACUGAUAUACAAAUACAAGCUCUAGAAAUAUUGAAGCUUAAAAAGCAAAUCAACCAUUUAUAUGUCAAGCAUACAGGCUUAGACCUGGAAAAAAUAGAACGCUGUAUGGAAAGAGAUAAUUUCAUGAGUCCUACUGAGGCAAAGGAAUUUGGAAUUAUAGACAAGGUAUUAUCUCAUCCAAUGCAAGAAGAAGAAGCAGAAGCUGAAAGCACAAAAUUAUCUUUGAAAGAAGCUACCAUUGAAGUUACUAAUCAACCUUGAUAUUAGGGUUAAACAAUACAUGUGCUUAAAAUUAUGAGAUUUUAUUAAAACAUGUAUUUAUCGAUAUCUAAAAAUAGUAAUAAAAUAUUUUUAAAACAAUUUA